AAUCGUCACAAGUCAAAGCACAACAAGGAAGUAGCUGCUCAUGGCACCUGAAUUUCUGGUUUAAGCUUCUUAAAUCGGGUUUUGUGAAGCACGCUCCUGCUGUAAUCUUGUCGUGCAUAAGAAGUCUUUGACCUGUCAGCUUUUAGGUAUAUCUUUUAUAAUUGGCGAGGGUACAGAGGACAGUGUGGCGUUAAGAUUUACAAAUUGAAUAGAUGUUGUAAAAUGUUGUUGCCUUCCUCUUCAUUCAAGUUCACGACAUCCUUGACUGGAUUAUCUAUAACAGGGUGAAAAAUGAGGAUGAUCACUUUUCUCCUUAUUGGGCUGACAGUCCAUGUGGUUUUCUUCUUGUCCAUCUUUGACAUCUACUUCACAUCCCCCUUGGUCCAUGGCAUGACCCCCCAGGCUACUUUACUUGAACCACCUGCCUCUAGACUGGUUCUCAUGGUGGCCGAUGGACUCAGGGCAGACAGUCUAUUCUCCCUGCUCCCAAAUGGUUCAUCUAGAGCUCCAUAUAUCAGGAAUAUUAUAGAAAAUAGUGGUACAUGGGGUGUGUCACAUACACGAGUGCCCACUGAGUCUCGACCUGGCCAUGUAGCUCUUAUAGCUGGUUUCUAUGAAGAUGUCAGUGCAGUUGCCAAAGGUUGGAAGGAAAACCCAGUGGAAUUUGACUCUGUGUUUAAUGAGAGCAGACACACUUGGAGCUGGGGCAGUCCUGACAUCUUGCCAAUGUUUGCCAAAGGUGCCACUGGGAAUCAUGUUUAUACCCACACUUACCCAGCCGUGGAGGAGGACUUUGCUUCUACAGAUGCUUCAAAUUUGGACAGAUGGGUUUUUAACCAAGUAAAAUCAUUCUUUGAUUCUGCCAAAUUUAACUCCAGUCUAAAUGCCACUUUACAUGAGGACAAAAAUGUCUUCUUUCUUCAUUUGUUGGGUCUUGAUACAAAUGGACACGCACACCGGCCCAUGUCACAAGAGUAUUUGAACAACAUAGCUUUAGUAGACACUGGUGUAUCUGAGCUAGUGUCUAUGGUUGAAGAUUUCUUUGGACAUGAUGGGAAAACAGCUUAUGUCUUCACCUCUGAUCAUGGCAUGACUAACUGGGGAUCACAUGGAGCAGGUCACCCCUCUGAGACUCUGACACCUCUGGUCGCUUGGGGAGCAGGAGUGAGUGGCCCCGUCACCGUUACAAAACCACAAACAUUCAAUGAUGGAUAUUUAAAAGAUUGGAAUUUGGAACAUAUUCGUAGAGUCGAUGUCAAUCAGGCUGACAUUGCUCCACUUAUGGCAUCUCUGAUUGGUGUUAAUUUCCCUGUGAAUUCUGUUGGUGUUCUACCUCUUCAGUACCUAAACAACACUAAACGGUUCAAAGCUGAAAGCAUGUACACUAAUGCCAUACAAGUGCUGGAACAAUACAAGGUGAAAAUGAUCCAGAAGAAGGAGACUACUUUAUCUUUGCUAUUUACCCCAUACCAGCAUUUAACAGACUCUGAACAAGCAGAAAGUGUCAACCAGAUCAAAAUAAUGUUUCAACUGGAGAAAUUUGAAGAUGUUAUAUCUCUCUGCCAGUCUCUUAUCUCUCACUCCCUAAAAGGCCUAACUUACUACCAUACGUAUGACAGAUUCUUCUUGGGUUGUAGUGUGGUGCUUGGUUUUGUAGGCUGGAUCAGCUAUGUUGUCCUUGUUGUCCUAAAAACCCAUGCUAGCCUUAAGAGAAAUCCCACUCUCACUAAACAGAUACCCAGAUUUCAUUUGUCAAGGCUUUGCGUUACUGUGGCAAUGUUGAUUGCCAUAUUAUUUAUUCAAAGGAGUCCACUGACCUACUAUAUUUACUGCCUACUACCGGUCCCAGUAUGGUAUUCUGUUCUAAAGGAGUUUGGAACCUUGGUGAAUUUGGUUCAGUCUGCUCCAUCUUUGCCAGUAUGGACAUGUUUGGGCUAUUUUGUGCUAGUGACCUUUGGAAUUGAAUUACUGGUGGUGAGCUUCUUCCACCGAGCCAUGCUGUCAGUUGGCUUAGCUGCUCUCUCAGUCUGGCCCUUCCUCUGUGGUCUUUUUGAAAAGGCCAAGGUUCGUUCCGUGUGCUGGUUCCUGAGUUGUCUGUGUCUGGGUAUUUUCCCCUUGUUGCCUGUGGUGGGGAGGGAGCCAAAUUUGCAUUUAGUCUCUUGUGCAGGUCUUCUUGUCCUUUUUACUUCCUCAUGUUUCCUUUGGUCAUCACGACACAAAACACCACUGCACCACAGCAAUAUAAAGCUUCUACUCUUUCAGAUGAUCCACGUGGCUGUUUGUGCAUUCGUUCCCUCACUCACACAUUCCAGUCUGCAGCAGAAACAGGGUUUGCCACUGCUCAGUCAGAUCAUCAGUUGGACCACAUUAGGUUCUUCCAUACUUAUUCCACUUCUAAGCUCUACGCGUCUCUUCCAUCGUCUCCUCAGUAUACUCCUGUCUCUCACAGCCACAUACUUACUACUUAGCACAGGGUCAGAAGCCUUAUUUCCUCCAGCUUUAUCUUGGCUAAUGUUUAUAUGGAUUAACAAUGAACAAGAAGCACUACUCGCCCAAGGUGUAUCUGGCAGGCAAGAGAUCUCAACAAUUGAUUUUGCUGACAACAUUGAUAUCACCAAAAUUCGCCAGCUGAAGUUGGACGACAUACGGAGAUCUUACUUUUUUGUGUUUUUUAUCAUCACAGCUUUUUUUGGCACAGGAAAUAUCGCUUCCAUUAACAGUUUUGACCCUGCAUCUGUUUACUGUUUCCUCACUGUUUUUAACCCUUUCAUCAUGGGGGGACUCAUGAUGUGGAAGGUCAUUAUUCCAUUCAUCAUUGUAAUGUGCACAUUUGAGACCAUUCAAGUAACAACACAGCUUUCCUCAAGAAGUUUGUUCCUCAUUGUUCUUGUCAUCUCUGAUAUAAUGGCACUGCAUUUCUUCUUCAUGGUUCAAGACUAUGGCAGUUGGUUAGACAUUGGCACAAGCAUCAGUCACUAUGUCAUUGUGAUGUCAAUGACCAUCUUCCUCAUGGUUCUCAGUGUGGUUACGCACAUUCUCACCUCUCAAAGACUUGUUCUGUGGAGGAAGUCGAAAAUGCACUACCCAUAAACAACAUGGUCAAAUUUGUAGUACUGUUUUAAAUAGUUUUAUUGUUUGUUAGUUUUUUUUUUUUUCUACAAACACUGGAUAUUUAAGAUAUGUAGUUUUAAAUAAAGGUAUUACUGAGGUCACAA